CUGGCCCCAUGCUGAACUGGGCUCCCAUUUUUCAUCCUAAAAUAGUUGGAGUGGGAACAUAUAAAACAGAAAGGGCAGAGCCUCUGAUCUUUUACUGGGCGUCCCUCUCGCACCCAUCAGCCAGUAACCAGCCAAGAUGGCAAUGAGCAGCAUCCUCAACGCUGAUGACAUCAAGAAAGCUCUAGAUGCAUUUGCAGUUGCUGACUCCUUUGAUUAUAAGAAGUUUUUCGACAUGGUGGGUCUGAAGGCCAAGUCUUCUGAUGACGUGAAGAAGGUCUUCACGGUGCUGGACGCCGACAACAGCGGCUUCAUAGAGGAGGAGGAGCUCAAAUUUGUCCUGAAGGGUUUUGCCAAAGAUGGCAGGGACCUGACAGACAAAGAAACCAAAGCAUUUUUAAAAGCAGCCGACAAGGACGGAGACGGCAAGAUUGGAGUCGAUGAAUUUGCUGCCCUGGUGAAAGAAUAAACGGUCACCUAAUGUGACUGACUAGCGCUCCAAGAUCACCUCCUAACCACCGCCACAUCCUGACACCCGCUGAGCCCCCUCUCUCCCUCCCCUCACCUACACUUCACCACCCCACCCUGACUCCCAGCCCACUAGACUGCAGCUGAUUCCUGCUACAAACACACACGCACACACACACACACACACUCCUGUGUUCGACCCCCUCACACCCACAUAUCCCCAAAUACCCCCCCAGCCGUAUUCAUCCUAUUUAUUUUAUCCUUUUUAUACAAACUGUUCUUGUUUCUGUGUAUAGAUAUAAAACUUGCCUGCAGGAAUAAACCUCACAUUUUAAAGCAUAAAGUAGAUAUUUAAAGAAAACUGAGAUUUUAAGAGAAAGUCCCUCAUUUCCUUCUGUAUUUCUGAUGUCAUGUCUUAUCUCUGUGUUUUUUCUUAGUCAACAGCUCCUCCUCUCACUUUCCUUCUUUCUUUUCCCCUUCUUUCAGUUUUUCCUCUUCUCUCUGUCGAUUCCACCCCAGGCUCUGUUCCCUACCUGCAUUUGCUCCCCUCUGCCACCACCCGCACCAUCACCCCCAUCCAUGCACCUAUCUAUUCAUAUCUGUCCAUCCCUUUCUCCUCUGGUAAUGAGCUGUUGUAAAACAUACCAAAAGAAGAAAGAGGUCAAGCUGUGAAAGAAUUAAAUAAAAUGAAGAAAACAAAGCCUCGAGAA